AUGCUUGAGCAACGGUUGCUGGCUCGACCAAAGGGGGUAUCAAGCAUCGAGAAAAUCGUGAUUGAAGGUCAUGUCCCAAGCUAUCUUAUGAAGCUUCUGGUUGCGAUCUUGAAAGGAUAUAUCUGCGAACGUCCGCCCAACCAUGGAUUAUCGGUACAAGCAAAUAUGAUUACCCUUCCGGACGCCGCUAUACCUGGAUGCUUCAAGUGCCAUCCACAGUUAGUUGAGUGCCAGCUUCCGAUUAAACUAGCCACGCCGGAAAAAUGGGAAGCAUUUAGACCAACGGAGCACUCGCAAGUUGAGUAUCCGAAGAGUACAGACGAAAUUCUGAGUACUUGGAAAGUCUGUCGCAAGGUUUUCGAAGGGCUACUCGAAGCGGACGAAUGGGGACUCGGUCUACGCCGUCGCUCGUGCGAGAAUCGGCAAGUUCAAGAGAUUACCCGCCAUAUGCUGGUAAGGGUGCAAACUCGAGCUGGUACUCUCAGCGGUGGCAGACAUGCGUGUGGUCAGUAG